UCGAUAAAAUCGGCGGAAACUUCUUCUACAUGCCACACGGAAUCACUGUCGAUCAGAACGACCAACAUCUGGGUACGCGCAGCCCUACAUCAGGUAUUUAAAAUCCCAAGCCAAGAAUAUGAGCCUGCGCUGGUACUCGGCGAAAAAUUCACACCUGGAAAUGACGCAAGCCACUUUUGCAAGCCAACAGAUGUUGCUGUAGCCAGCAAUGGAGUGUUCUUUGUAGCAGACGGCUACUGCAACAGUCGACUUAUGAAGUUCGCUCCGGAUGGCAUGUUGAUGGAGAUAUUAGACCAGGGUGAGUUUGACACGCCGCAUAGCCUGGCGCUGAUAGAAGAGGAAGACUUGAUCUGUGUUGCCGAUAGAGAGCACCAUAGCAUCCGCUGCUUCUCCGCUGGACUCUACAACCCUAAAGAUGUCGGCGUGGAGAAGCAGACGAUCAAUGAUCCACGGCUCGGACGCGUCUACGCGAUAGAUUACGCUAACGGGAACCUGUACGCGGUGAACGGACCCGAGGCUGACUCUCCCGCUCAUGGCUUUACCAUAGAUGUCAGCACGGGAGAGAUCAAAGAGACAUGGCAGCCAGCAGAGGGAUUUGGGUCUCCACAUGACGUGACGGCGUCGUGGACUGGUACUGAGGUGUAUGUCGGUGACAUUGGCAAGAACAGACCGUGGAAGUUCCAACGUUAGGAAUCUGUUACCAUCGACACUCCGGCUGUCUGUUACUGCGAGCAAGCUUAUCAUCCUUGUAAACAACGAUGUCUAUAUUGUAACGGCCAUUAUUUAUAUUCUGGAAUUUUUUUUUUGAUUAUUCUGUCACAAUACCAUUAGCAUCUUAUCUUGGUGGUUUCAGAAUUUGCCAACCUGUAACAGUCAUACCGUAUGUUCAUAUUCCACUAUACAUACAUACAAUUUCACGUCAAGGUCACAUCAAGGUCAGACGAAACCUGUAGAUUACUGUGAAGCCAUGUUACAAUCGGUCAUAUAAGUGUUUAUUUAUUUAUGAACCUGCGCAGCCAUCCCCUGACACACAUAACUCAAAUGUCUACGCACUACAACUCCAACGCACUUGUCUCAUAUCAUCUACCUCCAUACUGCAAGCUGUCCCCCAAAUGCUGUAGAAGUUAUUCGUAUGCUAUCCGCAUUUAUCUGCGCUAAAUGUAUAUUAUAUAAGAAAGGAAGUUGUUUUUAGGGGAUCAGUUAGUAUUUGUGUCGUUUCAAAAAAAGUUUACAGUCUAUCAUGUUAUAUAGCUCUAGUUAAUAUCAUCCCAACCUUUGUCUUCAAAGGUUCUUAAAAUGGGCGAGGUUGUCUAUAAUUAUUCAGAUGAUUUAGAGGUCACCUUGAGGCAUACCUCUUGAGCCUGUCUCACUUGGUGUUAGCAGUAUGAAGAUCUAUUGUACUACAAAAAAUCUAAUUGGCUGAUGUAAUUAGGUCAUGCCUGAAAUUCCGAACGCUUUAUGGGAAUGACCGAAGGCUAUUCGAGCCCCUAUAUCGUGUGAAGGAUCCUAGACCAUGAAUCCGCGAUAUUUUUAAAUUGCCGAAUAAAUGUGUAUAAAUAUAUGAUGUACAUAAAUGUAAAUUGCACGAAAUGACUGCUUGUCUCGAUGUCCAAAAAUGUAUUAAAAUGUUUAAAAGUAGUUAUGAAAGGUUUUCGUGAAUUCGCCAAUCCUCAUAGCAACAGUAUUUUGAAACAACUUCUCUGCGACUCUAUCUUGCUAUUUUCUGUAUGCGACUAUGUAUUUAUGUAGAUCUCUUUAUGUAAGGACUUGUUGCAGGUAGAAUAGCGAGAUACCUGGUGUAUAUACGCACAUUUCGGAUACAUAUAUUAAAUACAAGAAACCCGUGAAAAACAUGCGAACAAAAUAUUGAACGAGUUGUCGAAAAUCAUUCGGUCUGCGCAAGAGAACGGAGCCGUUAGAUUCUCGUGACAAAAAACCAUUUUCAUCAACGUAUUAAAAAACCGCAUGUUAUGUUGAGUAGACACCAGCCAGGUAUAUCGCUAUGUGGAACCUUUGUAUACUUAAUAGCAACACAACUGAACGAGGUGUGAGUGUCGCAUUCGACGUAUAAGCGCGUUUUAAGGCACAGUUAAUAUAUAGUUAUUCCCGUUGUUAGAUACAAUAAAUGUAUUGCCCAUUAAAUGGGCAGACACGCUUACAUGCGCAUGCCCACGCACACUAGCACGCGCGCACACCCUCACCCACGGACGCACACACGCACUCAGGCACGCACUCACACAAGCACGCGCGCACACCCACACCCACGGACGCACACACGCACUCAGGUACGCACUCACACGAGCACGCGCUCACGCACGACGGCAACGCUGCCCUUGAAUAAGCAGCAGACGUUCUAUCAUUCAUUCAUCGCCUGAAGAUGACUUUGAAACGCGAUUUUCGUUCAGCAUUCUGUGUGUAAUCCCCUACUUAAGCCGCGAUCACACGCGCAACACACGUGCUUAGCAUGUCCGGAUGUGACGUCUUCUCGUCUUAAUUACUGUGAGCGUUGGAAAUCUCUCUGUGAAGAACGCGACCUUCUUAAAACAAGAGGGCUUUGUUAGCGACUGUUUGCUGUGUAGAAUCGCAUUUACUGUUAUGGCACGAGAGUAUAUGUAUGUAAAUAUAAUACAGCUUUAUCCCUUCAAGCUUUCA